UUCAGUUUUUUCCAGAUUCGCAAUGAAACUUAAGUAUCCGAGCAUUUACUUAUCGCAGAAGCUGAAGGACUUAGGAUUACGUGUUGGUAGAAAUCCUAUUUACUUUAUCGUCGUUCCACUGUUUGUAUCCAUGGUAUUAGCUACAGGUCUUCACAAGUGGCACGAUGAAAGGAACAUGAAAUAUUUAUUUGAACCCAAGAAUACCAGACAUGUUAAAGAAGAAGAAGUUAUAGCACGACUAUUUCCAAUGAAUUUAUCUUCCGAUGCACACAUGGAAAGGAUGAACAGAGAACCAAAUAUAGCAGUAGUCCUAGUAUCAGCCAAAGAUGAAGGAUCAAUGCUUCGAAAAAAAGUAUUUCGAGAAAUUAUUCAAUUAGAUGAAAUUAUUCAAAAUAUAAAAACUGCGGACAAUUUCACAUACAAAGAUUUGUGCGCAAGAAAUAACAAAAGAUGCUUCGAGAAUUCUAUUUUAUUCAUGCAGAAUGAAGUGGAAAUGAUGGAAAACAAAACUUAUACUAUUAAAUAUCCUUUACACGAAAUAAGUAGAUACGAGUAUCAACUGAAUAGUUUGUUUUUAGGAGGUGUACAAAAAACGCCAGAAGAUUACGUGAAAAGCGCGAAAAUGUUGCGACUCUUUUACUACUUUAAUGAUGAUUCGAGUAUUGACAGAAACAGAGUAGAAGAAUGGCAAAGUUUGUUUUUGGAUCGUAUUGAAUCAAGUACUUUUCAGCAUAUAACCGUUGAUCGAUACACGUCGAUUACAAUGGAACAGGAACUAUUUAAAGUCUUGUAUCGUUUACUUCCUCAACUUCCGAUUUCAAUGUUAGCAGUAGUAAUAUUUUCAAUGCUGACUUGUCUGUAUAACAGUUGGAUCGAGAGCAAACCUUGGAUCGGAGUCAUUGCAUUAAUAUCGGGAGGAAUGUCUUUGGCUUCGUCAUUUGGAUUGAUCAUGUAUUUUAAUACACCGUUUGUGGUUCCAGCUGGAUCUAUACCCUUUCUAAUUAUAGGUAUAGGCAUGGACGACGCUUUCAUCUUUUUAGCUGCGUGGAAAAAAACCGACCCAGAGAAGACCGUACCGGACAGACUCUCAGAAGUUUAUUCGGAAUCCGCCAUUUCUGUUACCGUAACUUCAGUAACGAAUUUCAUAGCCUUCACUUCAGGACUGUUUACCCCUUUCAGAGCAAUAACUUAUGUUUGUUUGUAUGCAUCGAUUGCUGUUGUCUUCUGUUACGUUUAUCAGAUAACGUUUGUCGGUGCUUGCAUGGCAGUCUUUGGAUAUGUGGAGAAACAAGGGAGACAUUCUUUAUUCUUUACAAAAAUAAAUACUCAGAAAGAAAACCGUUCUCGGAUUCGAAAGUUUCUAUUUUCUACACAAUCUUGGAAAUCUACGAAAAAUAACGUUGCUCCUAAGCCAUCAAUUUUCAUUCGAUUCGGUUAUAUUUUAUCAAUUUGGUACGUGAAAAUAGUUAUUUUCUUCAUCAUCACCGGGUAUGUUGUUGUAGCACUCUGGGGCUUGACUUUCACCCAUAUUUUCGGGUCACUUUCUCAUUCGGCGACAUAUGAUUCAUAUUUUAUACAAUAUUAUAAACAAUUUUUAAACAAUUUCAAUCACUACGAAUACAGAUUUCAAAUCAUCAUCGAUCAAGAAAUAAAUUACGCAGAUGUACAAAUUCAGAAUGUAAUAGAGAAUUUUUUUUCAGAAAUGGAGAGAAAAGGAUUAAUUGCAGAUUUUCUUACCGAGUCUUGGCUCAGAUUUUAUUUGAAAUUCCUCAAGGACCGAAGAAUCUCAUUAUCUGUACAAUCAUUUAACAUAAGCGAUACGAAGGAUUUUAUCUCAAUUUUGCGCAGUGUUUUUCUACGUCAUCCUUCUGCACGACGAUUUCGUAAUGAUAUUGCAUUCAACUCUGAUUACUCAGCUAUCGUGGGAAGCAGAUUACUUUGUCAAACUAAAUUUACUACGGAAGAAUCGUUACCUGUAAUUUUUAUAACCAUGAGGAAACUCACUGAAAAAAUGCCUUUUAAAGUUUUUCCGUAUCACUUUUUGGCUUAUUGGGCCGAUAGCAUUGAAUUGCAUGUAAAAUUUACUGCGCAAUUGUUGAGUAGUGUCGUGAUCAUCAUUGUGAUUGUUUGUUUCGUUCUAAUACCAGACAUCGUCGUCAUGUUUUCGGUUGGUCUUUCCAUUAUUACUAUAGAAAUUUCCACCUUGGGUUACAUGGCUAUGUGGGAUGUCGAAUUGUCACCAGUGUCUAUAAUCGUUUUAGUCAUGUGCGCUGGUUUCUCGGUCGAUUAUUCUGCUCAUAUAGCUCAUGCUUACAGACACUGUGACAGUGAAGAUCCCAAUGAACGUCUUCGUCAUAGUAUAAAUUCUAUCGGAUACGCAAUAUUGCAAGGUAGUGCAACAACAAUAAUCGCCGUGUUACCUUUAGCCAUUCCUUUGGCUUAUAUAUUUAUUGCGACUUUUAAAAUAAUUUUUAUGGUUAUUUUGUUUUCCGUUAUUAAUGCUUUGAUAUUUUUGCCAGUUCUUCUGUCCACAUUGAAUCUCGUCAAAUUGAAAAUAUGCGACAGAAAAAAACGGAAUAAAAACCUUAAUACAGUUGAUGGGCAUACAAAUGUCGGUUUUUCUGUUUCAGAAACAGCAACAUAAAUGUCGUAUAAGGUGAAUAUUCGUGUUCUUUUUCUUCGAAAGCGGAUAACUUUCUGAAUUCAAGAUGGUUAUAACUGAAUAAGAUGAUUAGGUCUACCGGAAAGUUCUGUCCGUUUUUUGAAUAAAACAAAAUAAUAAAUUUUUCAUACCUUGAAUAAACUUUAUUGAAUAAUAUAAUUUCCAUCAUUAUUUAUGACUUCUUGCCAGUGUGAUGGCAAUUUGUAUAUCCCAAUUUUAAAAAAUGCCUUAUCCCUAGAGGCGAAAAAUUGAACCAGUACUUGUCUGAUGUCUUCUUCGUUUUUGAAUUUUUUGCCUUGCAAUAAAUUUUGUAAGGACAGAAACAAGUGAUAAUCGGAGGGUGCUAGGUCCAUGGAGUAUGGUGGAUACGACAGAAUUUCCCAGCCUAGCUCUGCGAGUUUCUGACGAGUCCCCAAAGCAGUAUGUGGCCUGGCAUUAUCAUGAAGCAGUAUGAUGUCCUUCCUAUUGAACAUCGCUGGCCUCUUUUCUUACAGUGCUGUUUUUAAAUUAUCCAAUUGCUGACAAUACCUCUCCGAAUUUAGCUUUUCGUUUGGUUUUAAUAGCUCAAAAUGUUUCGGUCCUGGAAUGUCCCACCAUAUACACAACAUUCUCUUAUUCAGACUCAACUUUGGUUUAGAGGUGUAGGGGGCAGAUUUUCCGGAUUCACAUCAUGCCCUUUUCCUUAUAAUGUUUUCAUAGGUAAUCCACUUUUCAUCCCCAGUUAUCAUCAGGUCAAGAAGGGUUCGAUUUUGUUCCAUGUAAGCAGAGAUAUGCAUAUGGUGACUCGAUCAUUCAAAUUCUUCUCACUUAACUCAUGUGACAUCCAUCUCAAAUUCUUCUCACUUAACUCAUGUGACAUCCAUCUCAAAUUCUUCUCACUUAACUCAUCUGGCACCCAUUUUUUGAACCAUCUUCUGCAUGUUCUACCAGAAACUGUACCUUCACCAAACACUUUCAAUAAAUUUCUACAUGCUUCUAUAGCAUUUCUUUCUUGUUGGAAUUCGUACAAAAUACAGUGGCGUAAAUGAACUUUAUCAGUAGCCAUGUGUACACGAUCGCAUCUCACUUAAAACUAACAUGAAUCAUCUUCGUUUUAGUUCAUUUGUUAGGUCAGUAUGUAUACAUUCAGUGAUAAAAAAGAGAGCCAAAUAUGCAUCAAAUGAUUAUGCACAUACUGUACUUGUUGAAACUUGUUGUAACCAAAACGGACAGAACUUUCCGUUAGACCCAAUAUUUUUGGAAAUUUCUGCAACACCAAAAAAAAGGUU